AUGGCUGCGCCGCGCACCGCGUCCCCGCGCCGCCCGCCCGAGCUGCGCCGGCCCCGGCUCCUGCCGCCACUGCUGCCGCUGCUGCUGCUGCUGUUGCCGCUGUCCGCGCCAAGCCGGGGUCUGGGCCACUCUGCUGAACUAGCAUUUGCUGUGGAGCCAAAUGACGAUAUUGCUGUCCCUGGACAACCCAUAGUGCUGGGCUGCAAAGUGGAGGGGACCCCUCCAGUGCAAGUCUCCUGGAGGAAGAAUGGAGCAGAGCUUCCUGAGGGCACCCGCUCCACCCUGCUGGCCAAUGGGUCCUUGCUGAUCCACCACUUCAGGCUGGAGCAGGGAGUUGGCCCUUCAGACGAGGGUGACUACGAAUGUGUGGCUCAGAACCGCUUUGGGCUGCUGGUCAGUCGGAAGGCUCGUAUCCAGGCUGCAACCAUGUCAGACUUCCAUGUGCAUCCCCAGGCCACCAUGGGUGAAGAAGGUGGUGUGGCCCGCUUCCAGUGCCAAAUCCAUGGGCUUCCCAAGCCCCUGAUCACGUGGGAGAAGAACAGAGUUCCCAUUGACACAGACAAUGAGAGGUACACAUUACUGCCCAAGGGGGUCUUGCAGAUAACAGGACUUCGGGCAGAGGACAGCGGUGUCUUCCAUUGUGUGGCCUCAAACACUGCCAGUGUGCGUGUCAGCCAUGGGGCGAGGCUCACUGUGUCAGGCUCAGGCUCUGGGGCCUACAAGGAGCCCACCAUCCUUGUGGGGCCUGAGAACCUCACCCUGACAGUGCACCAGACUGCAGUGCUGGAGUGUGUCGCCACGGGCAACCCGCGCCCCAUUGUGUCCUGGAGCCGCCUGGAUGGCCGCCCCAUCGGGGUGGAGGGCAUCCAGGUGCUGGGCACAGGAAACCUCAUCAUCUCAGAUGUGACCGUCCAGCACUCGGGUGUCUAUGUCUGUGCAGCCAACAGGCCUGGCACCCGGGUGCGGAGGACAGCCCAGGGCCGGCUGGUGGUACAAGCCCCAGCAGAGUUUGUCCAGCAUCCUCAGUCCAUCGCCAGGCCGGCUGGGACCACAGCCAUGUUCACCUGCCAAGCUCAAGGUGAGCCACCCCCUCAUGUCACGUGGUUGAAGAAUGGACAAGUGCUGGGUCCAGGAGGCCACGUCAGGCUCAAGAACAAUAACAGCACACUGAGCAUUUCUGGAGUUGGUCCUGAAGAUGAGGCCAUCUACCAGUGUGUGGCUGAAAACAUUGCUGGCUCCUCCCAAGCCAGUGCCAGGCUGACCGUGCUGUGGGCCGAGGGGUUGCCAGGCCCUCCACGCAACGUUCGCGCUGUCUCCGUGUCCUCCACCGAGGUUCGAGUGUCUUGGAGCGAGCCUCUAGCCCACACCAAGGAGAUCAUUGGCUACGUCUUGCACAUCAGGAAGGCUGCCGACUCACCCAAGCUGGAGUAUCAGGAAGCCGUUAGCAAGAGCACCUUCCAGCACCUGGUCAGAGACCUUGAGCCUUCCACUGCCUACAGCUUCUACAUCAAGGCCUACACUCCAAGGGGGGCCAGUUUAGCCUCUGUCCCCACCCUGGCCAGCACCCUGGGUGAAGCCCCCGCCCCACCCCCACUAUCAGUGCGGUUGCUGGGCAGCUCCUCUCUGCAACUGCUGUGGAAACCCUGGCCAUGGCUGGCACAACACAGUGGGGGCUUCAAGUUGUUUUACCGCCCAGCCAGCGCAGCCUCCUUCACCGGCCCCAUCUUGCUCCCUGGGACCGUCUCCUCCUACAACCUCAGCCAGCUCGACCCCAGCACUGUGUAUGAGGUGAAACUCCUUGCCUACAACCAGCACGGGGAAGGAAACGCCACAAUUCGCUUCGUGUCUUUGAAGGGAGCCUCUGAGAGGACAGCCUUGAGUCCCCCAUGUGACUGCCGGAAGGAAGAUGUCACCAACCAUACAUCCACCACAGGCAUUGUUAUCGGCAUCCACAUCGGAGUCACCUGCAUCGUCUUCUGUGUCCUCUUCCUCCUGUUUGGCCAAAGGGGCAGGGCCCUCCUGUGUAAGGGUGUGGAAAACCAGCUCUCCCCUCCCCAGGGUCCCCGGAGCCAGAGGGACCCUGGUAUCCUGUCCCUGAAUGGAGUGAGCCGAGGAGAGGGAGGCCAGCUAGGCCGAGACGAGAAGCAUGUCGACACCAAGGAGUUGGAGCAGCUGUUCCCCGCAACUGGGUCAGCUAGGCAGCCCGGCUCCAGGUCUACUGAAACUGAAGACCCUACUCCAUGUGGGGAGACCCAGGUCUCCAUGGUUCAGCUUCAAGGCUUCAACCUUGUGCCAGGAAGGACAACAGAGGCCAAGUCCUCCUUUGCAGGCCCUGGGCCUGCACCAGAACCCCAGGAUGUAGGCCUCCUCAGUGAAGGACAGGCCACUCAGCCUCCAGCAGUCCCAGCUUCUCUAUGAGCUUACUUGGGACAAUAGCCGGCGUUGGUGUGUUCCGGAGGGGCAAUGCCCCAUUCUCAGGUCGAAGGCGAGGUUUUUCCUGUUCUGUGGGACUUGGAUGGCUCUAGGAGCUCGCCAGUGCUUCUAGCUUGACUGCAGGACAGGGUUCUCAAACCACAGGAGCCAGAGGGUCCUACAGGAAGUCGUCUCCCCACUAGAGCUAAUGUCCCCUCAUCAAUGCCUGCUGCCCACAGACUUCUAAUGAAACAGAGUUUUCCUUUAAAAAUCAAAAUUUAAAAGUCAAAAAAGAGAGAAGAGAGAGAAAGUGAAUUAUACUUAAAAAAAAAAAGUCCCUACUAUGGCUUGGCCCCGAUGCCGUCGCCCUGCUCCGAUCUUGUUUUCUCAGGAUGGAUUUUAGCUGUUUUGACUCUCAGCACCUACCUCAACCGGAAUGAAUGUCCUUGGGAGUAGCGGGGGGGCAGUAGCCUCAGCCCCCUGCCCCACAGAGCCCGAAUGCACUCCUACCUCAAGCCCUCCUUUGGGGUACCCCUCCCGCCCCAUAUUCUUGCCCUGAGUAAGAGAAAAAGAAGAAAACUAAAAAAAAAAAGAAAGAAAGAAAAAACAAAACAAAACAAAAACAUGGUCCCAACUCUAAGUGUGAAAGAAACUGUCUACCUCAAGCCUCAAGGCCCUCUGUGCGGGCCUGUGUCGUCACUGGACCCUCCUAAGCCCCCUUCGCCUCUCACCUUGCCUACCUCUCUCCCAACAGAGGAGGCUGUGACUAAGUAACCAUGGGGCUUACGGAAAUAGAGAUGAAAUUGGCCAGAGAGAAAAUGUGAAGCAAGCCAAAAACAAGAGGAAGGUUGUUCCUUGAAGUAUAAAUUGUUGUCCCAAACUAGUCACCUCCCUGCAUCCCCCCCCCCUCCCCCGUCCUCCAUCCCCUGUGUCUAUCCACCCCUGUCCUGACCUUCUCAGACAAGCCACUGGGCCUGGGGAAGGUAGGACAUGACCUGGAGGCUUGUCUCUUGCCCUGCCCAGACAUGGGGCCCAAUCCCUGGAAUGUACUGCAUUAUUUGGAGUGGGUGACCCCCACAGAGGCACCCCAGCUUUCUGUGUCACGGGACCCAGGUAACCUGACCUACCCAGUCAGCAGGGGUGGCCAGGAGUUAUUUUUAUAUGAGGUGUGUUUACGUUUUAUUUCUCUGUUCUGUUAUAUUGUUCUUUGAACUACUUAGGUUAAAAAGAAGAAAAAAAAAAGAAUACCUAUUUUUGGUUAUACUCAGAAACAUUUUUUUAAAAUAGCAGAAGGAAAACUUUUUUAAAAGAAAAAAGGAGGAUAAGUGUAUUCCUUAAAAACAAGGUUAGAACUUAAAGUCCCUGACCCCAAAUCCUCUAGGGACUGCUCAUCCUGAACUUUAGAUAAUUAGCUGAUAAAGUUAGAAUUUGUGGUGUUUUAUUAGAAAACAAGAGUCUUGUCCAAGUGGACGUGGGAAGGGCAGUUUGUCCCUUCUCCCAAAUGGUAGGUGAACUCCAGGGCUCUUCCCGCUCUGAGACUGUGCCCUCUGUCCCAUUCUCUUUGGUGCGGAGAGGGGCCUGACAGCCUCCUUGGCCUGGCUCCGGUUUGUUACUGAAUAAAAGUACUGUUGCCAAAGUGA